AUGGGUCUCGCAGCGCAGAUAGUGUCACUUUUGACAGUGACGAACGCUCUUUUGUCGCUCGUGGCGUAUUUUGUCCUCAAACUCGGCUAUCAAAUCAUCUACUACCGCUUCUUCCACCCAUUAGCUGCUUUCCCGGGCCCAUUCUGGGCCUCCGUGACUCGCCUAUGGAUCGCAAAGCAGAACCUGCAGGAAACUGAAUACCUGACCGCAUAUGACUUGUCAAAGAAGUAUGGCCCCGUGGUGCGAGUCACCCCAACGCUGCUGCUUGUCAGCGACCAUUCGAAACUUCCGGAAAUCUAUCACCGCAAUGCAGACAAGACCGGCCAUUACAUCACGGGCAGUUUCGGAGAGACAGAGAGCUUGUUCAACAUGAGGUCACACAAGACGCAUGCGCUGUUCCGGAAACACAUUGCAGGACCUUACAGCUUUACCAACAUCAAGAAGAUGGAGCCAAUGAUUGACGCGCGCAUCCUCGAGUGGAAGCAGAAGCUUGAUGACACUUUCGUCAAGUCCGGUGAGGCCUUUGACUUUGCCUGGUGGGCAGUUUACAUGGCGUAUGACAUUAUUAGCGAGAUUGGGUUCGGCGCUCCCUUCGGGUUCAUUGAGAAGGGCGAGGACAUCGGCGGACUGAUUCAAGGGUUCCACGAUGGUCUUGCACCCUUUGGUUUCCUUGCGCGCAUGCAUCCCUUCACCUCUUGGAUGAAGAGCACAUUUAUGAAGAAGUAUCUUGUUGCUACUCCUCAGGAUGACUCCGGGAUCGGUGUUCUGAUGCGCUUCCGUGACCGCCUGAUUAAGGAGCGCUUGGACGAUAUCCAGUCUGGUAAAAAGUUGGAACGCCUCGACCUACUUCAGACCUUCCUGGACGCACGGACCGAAGAGGGCAAGCCUCUGGACUUGGAGUACAUUCGCGCUGAGGUUCUUCUGGUUCUGCUUGCUGGAGCCGAUACCACCGGUACCGCGUUCCAGGCCCUGAUCACCUACCUCCUGACUCACCCAGAGUCGUACGACCGCAUGAUGGAAGAGAUUGACACUGCCAGCCGCAAGGGCUAUCUUUCCGAGGUGCCCCAGUACAACGAGGUCCUCGAGCACUUGCCUUUCUUCGUGAGUUGUGUCAAGGAGACCAUGCGUCUGUGCCCUUCUGCUCCCAACAUCUUCCCCCGCUAUGUGUCCGAGCCUGGCUUGGAGUUGUACGGUAAAUGGGCUCCUGCUGGUACGGAGAUUACCUGCAAUCCGUACUUGGUGCACCGUGACCCGGCGCUGUAUGGAGAGGAUGCGGAAGACUUCAAGCCGGAGCGUUGGAUGGAUCCCGAGAAGGCCAAGUUAUACAACAAGUACAAUUUUGCAUUCGGGUAUGGAUCGCGUGUUUGCCUUGGUCGUGAUAUUGCCAUGAUGGAGCUUUUCAAGGGGCCUCUACAGUUCUUCCGCGCUUACAAGCCCGAAUUCGUCAAGGAUAAGCCCGAGCCAAAGUUUGUGGUCAAAGGAGGCGUUGGAUACUGGCGCGACGUAUGGUUGACGAUUUCCAAGCGCCCUCAAGUGACGCAGGAAUAA